UAAUGCGGAACUACAGGAUGAUAAAAAUAAGUUUCCUUCUGUGAUAAGUUGACGCUUUUUUUUUUUUUACUUUAAAUGUACUGAAUGAGUCACUCAUCGACUGACAGUUCAUGGUCUGUAACGCUACUUAAUCGGACUUGUCUUUCAAGCACUAAGCGAGUUAGGACGCGUUUUCGCUUUAGUUUUAACGAGAGCGCAUGAAUGAAUAUUAAUAAUUACACUGUGUAAGAUUAUAAAUAUAAUGUCAAGAUGAAGCAGACUGUCUUGCUGUUUCUCGUAACGCUGUCUGUCUGCGCGCACUCAGCGUUUGGUGAUGCAGAAGUGACCAUCAAGGCUCCAGCAACAGUGAAUCUACAGGAACAAUCUGCAGAAAACCUCACCAUUACACUGAGUUCACCGUUGAACACAUCUGUAACGGUUUAUUUCAAUAUCACAUACAAAUCAAGAAAUGUCUCUUCAAUAAUUCUACUUCCUGAUGAGGUUGUCGUGCCGGCAGGAAACAUAUUUGUAUCUUUUGAAGUGCAGGCAAAAGGGGUUGGUCAGGUGACUGCUUACCUUUCCAGCAAUAACACUCACAUAAAAAGCAUAGAGACGCGUAUCAGAUUCCUGAUUGUCAGAAGCAACGUUCUUUUCAUCAUCGACCAAAUCAUUGGCUGGAUUUACUUCCUGGCCUGGUCUGUGUCGUUCUACCCACAGGCGUAUGAGAACUGGAAACGACACAGUGUGGUAGGCCUCAGUUUUGAUUUCCUCGCUCUCAACCUGACUGGAUUCAUUGCUUACAGUGUGUUCAACGUUGGCCUGUUCUGGGUGACGUAUAUACAGGAGGAGUUCUUACAGAAAGAUCCGAAUGGGGUCAUUCCUGUCGAUGCCAAUGAUGUCUUCUUCAGUCUUCAUGCAGUACUUCUCACUCUCGUCUAUGUCUGUCAGUGUGCCAUCUAUGAGAGAGGAGGGCAAAAGGUUUCCAAAGUGGCCAUUGGGUUAUUAGCGAUUGGCUGGACCUUUGCGUUUGUCUCCCUGUUUGUUGCUGUGGCACAGAAGAUCUCCUGGCUGGAUUAUCUCUACUAUUUCUCUUACAUUAAACUGGGUGUCACACUUGUAAAGUACAUCCCUCAGGCUUAUAUGAACUACCGCAGGCAGAGCACAGCGGGAUGGAGCAUCGGGAAUGUGCUGCUGGACUUCACAGGGGGCAGUUUCAGUUUACUUCAAAUGUUCCUCCAGGCCUACAACAACGAUAAAUGGAAGUUUAUAUUUGGAGACCCCACAAAGUUUGGACUGGGCGUAUUGUCCAUAUUCUUUGAUGUCGUGUUCAUCGUGCAGCAUUAUUGUCUGUAUAGGAACAGAGAGCCCAUGUAUCAUGAUUUAGAUGAUCAGAAUGACCAACACACCAGUGUUAAAACAUAACCGCAGCAAUAUAAAGAUUUCAUAUGGACUUUUCUAUCUUUUUU